CACGCGCGGCCCUACAUGGCAUCGGUGCAGGUGAACGGCAGGCACUUAUGCGGCGGCUUCCUGGUGUCUGAGCAGUGGGUCCUGAGCGCGGCACACUGCCUGGAGGAGGCGGCCGACGGGAAGGUGCAGGUGGUCCUGGGCGCGCACUCCCUGUCGCAGCCGGAGCCCUCCAAGCGCCGGUACGACGUGCUCCGCGCAGUGCCCCACCCAGGCAGCCGGCCCGACACAAUCGACCACGACCUCCUGCUGCUGAAGCUGUCAGAGAAGGCCCAGCUGGGCCCCGCCGUGCAGCCCCUGCCUUGGCAGCGCGAGGACCGCGACGUGGAGGCGGGCACGCUUUGCGACGUGGCCGGCUGGGGUGUGGUCAGCUACGCGGGCCGCCGGCCGGACCGCCUGCAGUACCUGCCCCUGCGGGUGAUGGCCCGCGCCACCUGCAACCGGCGCACGUACCACGACGGCACCAUCACCGAGCGCAUGAUGUGCGGGGAGAGCAACCGCCGCGACACCUGCGCGGGCGACUCCGGGGGCCCGCUGGUGUGCGGCGGCGUGGCCGAAGCCGUGGUCACUUCGGGCUCGCGCGUGUGCGGCAACCCCAAGAAGCCCGGCAUCUACACGCGCUUGGCGAGCUACGCGGACUGGAUCGACGGCGUGCUGGCCGAGGGUGCGGCCGCCUGAGGGGUCCCGGGGGGCGGCGGUCACGGGGGCCAACAAUAAAGUCCCGUCCUGCAA